AUGCACAACACUAGCGAUUUACACACACAGGACCCUUUUUUGCGACAGGCUGUUAACCUCACCACCAGACAUCCAGUUAUUGGCGGAAGGAGUGGAGAACGUUACCACGGAGGAAACAAGUCGGAAGGGAGGCGUUGCGGUUCCAGCCCAUCCAAAGACACAGUCAUUUCGAAUAAUCCAAAGUCAGAAUUCGUUGCCUAUGCAGACACUCGCAGAACUCCUCCAGUCUUUCCCUCGAGAUUCGUACAGCCACUCUGCCUUGCAGAAGCUCGUCAAACACAUCUACAAGCACCGCUCUGUGACGAUGAAACAUUAGGCGCGUUCGCUUUUGACAGCAUUUCCUAA